AUGCAGAACGAGAGUCUCACUUUUAUUGAAACUAUACAAGCUACAGAAUGGGAGGAAGAUCAAAGAAAAGCCGUCGCUAUUUGUCUACAGAGAUCACCUUGUGUGUUGAUAGAAAGAAAUUCACCAAAAGAAUGUGUUGAGAAUCCAGAGCUUGCUAAAGACUUACCAGAACUAUGCAAAUCAUUAAUGAAGUCAUUCUGGGACUGUAAGAAAGGUUGGUUUGAUAUGUCAAAAAGAUUUAGAGGUAAUGCACCAUUAUCAAGUGGUAAAUAUGAUGAACAAUAUGAUAAAUUAUCAUCCGGUGACUUCGACCCAAUGGAAGAAUUCAAAAAACUUCAGCAGCUAGAUAGUAGCAGAAAGGAAUAG